AUGUCUCUUCAACGAUCGUCUCAGUUAGGGUGGCCACUUUGCCGGUCGUGUGCUCUGCUCCUCCCCUCUCGAACCAUAUCAGCGACAACGAUUAUAGCCGACCGUUCAGCAACACGACACUACACAGCUAGCGCCUCGCAUCAACGCGGUUUUAUCAGAAAAUCUCCCGCCGCCAAAAAUGUAAACAAGGGCUAUGGCAGAAUACUCAAUAAUACGGUUCCCACAGAGCAAUGGCAGAAAAAUUACCAUGAAGUCAAAACUAGAUUCGAAAAGAAUUACAAGUCCAUAUAUAGUAUGGUUCAAUCAUCCGAUCUGAUCGCCGGCAAAAUUACGCCCAAAGUGUUUCUCGAGAUUGGCAGGCGACUUGUAGAUCAAGCAUACAACUCCAGGCCCACCGCUGAUGCUCUCAAGAGUAUAUGGAAGGGUGACCCAGCUACUGUCCAUGAAAUCGGGCGCGCGAUCUGGCUGAGCGGUCCAUGGGAAGGACAAGUAUCCGCUUGGGCUAGGGUGGCCACUGCAGACGCUGGGUUUCCUUGGGCAUUGUGUCAAGAAGUUACUUUCCAAAUCCAGCGCAUGGGAAUUCAUGCACCCACUUCACGUGAGAUGGAAGCCGUUAAAAAGCUUGCUUACGAAAAGGAAGAUCCACGAGCCCUCAUGGUCUGGGCAGACAUUGCGCGAAGAUGGGGACGCACAGAGGAAGCUCUCGAUUUAUACCGACACCUCAACGACAUGGCUUACCCAUCCAAUCGACGGCCGUCGCUGUAUGACGAUAUUACAUUCCGGGGUGAUUACAAAGCGCCAUGGAGGAUACUCGCUGACAUGUAUAACGAGGCUGAAAGACACGAAGAAGCAGACGAAAUGAUGAAAGUCGGUGCACUCCACUACAGAGACCCACAAGCACUCGUCACUUAUGCCUAUCUCAGAAAGGAAAAAGAUGACUGGGAAUCAUACGAGCAAUGUAUGCUGGUGGCCGCAAUGUCGGGUCAUGGCGAGGCCUGUUACCGACUGGGGAAUUACUACUACCUUAUUUCCAAAGGCGAGGUCCCUUCCCGCGACCAAAGAAUAGCCCAAAAACAUCCCAAACGAGCCUGGAUCGCCAGUUGGUUUGCCAGGUUCUUCCGAAAGAUGGAUUGGCGUCGUCGAGCCAUUAAUUGGUAUGAAAUGGCGAGUGCGCAUGGCGACUCGGAGGGAACGAGAAAUCUUGCAGUCUUGAUGCGUGAAGAUGGUCACCCGGAGGCUUUGGACAUCUUCAGCCGUUUAAGGGCGGAUUCGGGUUGGUGGAAUCAUAAGCAUAUUCUUAAGUUGAGGAGUAGGUGGGAUGACCCCAACUUUAAGCCUACGUUGCCUGCGUCGUGGCUUGAAUUGUAG